AUGCAUUUGAAAACUGGAUUAAUAUUUUUGGGCAUUUGCCUUGCUCUCCAAGUUCAUGGAAGCAAAGAAAUCCCUAAUAAAAUAAACCGUGGUGAAGUCAAACAUCUUGCAGACACCUCAGGGUCAGACAAAACAGAAAGAACAACAAAGAGGUCCAGAGUGUCAACCAUAAGGCGGAUAUUUGACAUGGCAAAGCACCGAACAAAGAGGUCACCUUUCUUCCCAACUGGUGUGAAAGUUUGCCCACAAGAAUCAGUGAAGCAGAUUUUAGCCAGUCACCAAGCUUACUACAGAUUACGAGUCUGCCAGGAAGCUGUAUGGGAAGCCUUUCGUAUUUUUCUGGAUCGGAUCCCUGAUACUUCUGAAUAUCAGAACUGGGUUACUGCCUGCCAGAGGGAAACCUUCUGCAUAUUCGACAUAGGCAAAAAUUUCAGCAAUUCCCAAGAGCAUCUGGAAAUAAUCCAACGGCGAGUAAAACAUAGAACCUUCCAGGAAAGGAAAGAUGAAAUAUCCACAGAGAAAACAGGUGGCAAAAAGCUGGAAGACAUUCCUUCCAUUUCUACAGGUUCGCCCAGCGCACCCCUCUCUCCAUACGCACCAGUGCCUAACGGUACGCUGCUCAACGAAAUCGUCAAUGACACAAAGACUCCUGUGAAGGAGUUGGGAACAAAUGCAGUUCCAGAGCUGCCAGUGGAGCAAAUGGUAGAAUUCAGUGUCACUCUCACUGAUCAGGAGUAUACAGCUGAGCUUAAUGAUCCCAACUCCCCACAGUACCGUCAACUUGCUGCCAAAUUUCAGCUACAGAUGCAAAAAAUAUUUGAGAAACUUCCAGGAUUCAAAGAAAUCCAUGUAUUAGGAUUUAAACAGAAGAAGGAAAAAGAUGGAUCAAGCAGCACUAUAGCACGAUAUGUGGUAAACUUUGAGAGAGAUGGCUCAGAAAUCAAAAGCCCAGCAGAUGACAUCUCAACUAUUGGCUCUAAUAAGGUUGAAAACGAAAAAACUCCACUUUCUCCAAAGGAAGAGAAGGAGGUAGCAGCAACUAAACUCACAGUAACAGAUCUUCAGCAGCUGGUUGCCACAGCACUCCAUGAGGACAAAUCCCUGCCGAUGGACCUUGGAACACUUCAGUUUACUGAUGAAUCUAUUAAACCACCUAGUGAUUCCGAUAAUGAUAUCCAGUCCAUGGUCACUAUUCCUCUAGCAAUCCCCGAGUUGGAGGACUCCGUGAGUGUUGAACUCCCACUAGCUUAUCCCAGCCCAGCACCAGUGGAUCAAACAGGAGACAUCUUGGUCAGUGAAUUUGCAACUGAAAUCCCUGUGCUAAGUGGAGAGAUCAGUGCCCCUGAAGACUUUAAUAAUUUUGUUUCAUCUGAAAGUGCUUUCCCUACCAAACCUUCCAGAGAACUUUCUCGAGAGAGAUUUCCUCCAGACACAGAAGAUACCACUACUGACCAACAAAGUUUCACAGUGUCUUUCAACGCUCUGGGUAGCACUCACAGUCCUCCAAAACCAGAGGACUCCUAUUUGCUUCCUCCAGAAGAUGAGUAUACCAGCAAUGAAUUAAUCACCAAUGACUUUGAGUCUCCAACAGAGCAGGCUAUCACGCUGGCAGUUUAUACCACAGGUAGCUUUACCCCACUUAGUUUCCUGCAAGCCAGUGAUGAGAAGAGUGAAGCAGAGAGGAAGAAAGAGCUGACUGGUAUAACAGAACCUUUCAAGGAAGCUGACCAAGAUGGUCUGACUGGACAAGCAGUUAAGAUCAUGGAUCAACCAGAAUCAUCAGGCGAUGACAUUUUGGUUACAGCCAGCACUUACCUUCAGACAAAAACAUUGCCUUUCUUUAUUGGUGAUCUCUCUGCCACACAGCCUGAAGAUGCUAUUGCAGAUGUGCUACCAUCAGACCAAGUAGCAGUGCUGCCUCCAGCGACUAGCCCAUCCCACAGUCUGUCUGUUAUCAUCAACCAGUCCCUUGAAGUAACAGAUUCCUCAGUGCCAGCAGCUGACAGCAUUGCUCCUGUGGGCGCUGCGACCGGAGUGCAGGAUAUUGCUGCCGAGUUAGAUGGCGUCAGUGAGAUGAGCACAGCAGCACUGGAUGAAGUGGAGCACGGCAGUGGAUAUAUCUCAGUGCUGAGAACUCAGCCUGCAGAAACCACCCCAGCUCCUACACUGAAGUAUGUAACUACCAGCUCCAUGACAACUGCAGCCAGAGGCAAAGAGCUAGUGGUUUUCUUCAGCCUGAGGGUAACCAACAUGCACUUUUCCGAUGACCUCUUCAAUAGGAGUUCUCCAGAAUACAAAGCGCUAGAACAGCAGUUCAUGCAAUUGCUACUUCCAUACCUUCAGUCCAACCUUACAGGUUUUAAACAACUUGAAAUACUUAACUUCAGGAAUGGAAGUGUGAUUGUCAAUAGUAAAAUGAAAUUUGCCAGAACAGUGCCAUACAAUAUCACAGAAGCGGUACACUGUGUUUUGGAAGAUUUCUGUGAUGCUGCAGCCCAACGCCUCAAUUUGGAGAUUGACAGCUAUUCCUUGGAUAUUGAGCCAGCUGAUCAGGCAGACCCAUGCAAAUUCAUGGCCUGUGACGAGUUUUCAGAAUGCAUAAUGAACGAGUGGACAAAAGAGGCUGACUGCCUUUGUAAACCUGGUUAUGCAAGCCAGGACGGACUACCCUGUCGGAGCCUGUGCGAGAUGGAACCGCAUCUUUGCAUCAAUGGUGGGAAAUGUGAGUUAGUUCCAGGAAAAGGAGCUGUCUGCAGGUUACCAGACGAGUUUACAAAGCCAAGACUAACAAGUUAGUCUCUGAAAUUCUGCAAUUCGAGCAUCAGCCAGACAAAAGCAAGGUGUUCAAAAAAAGGAUGCCUGCAUUAUUCAAGACUGGACCUUCAGGUUACAUUAUGCCUGAGAAAAUUCAAGGAUUACUACAGAUUCACCAUUUUAGAGAUAAAAUCAGUGUAUAUGAAACACAUUGUUUCAUUAAAGAAAAACGAACACCUAUUUGACCAUGUCUCAAAUUUUCCUGUUAAGAAGUUACCAGUGUUAAGAUGCACGCAUUAAGCAUAUAGUGCUUACAUAUUUUAAUUGUAUUUUUAUUUAAGAGCCUAGUGCUAGAAACGGAUCUUGCUGAAAAGUGACAUUGUUUGCAAUCUUGUAUGUCACAAACAAUCUGGUAAACAUGUAGAAUAAACUUUAAAGCAGUUCUACAUCAUUUUAUUAACAUUUCUACACUCACUAAAGCAGUGUAAGUGGCAAACAUUAAAACAAGAGCUGUCAUUAGCAAGGAUCUUUUUUAUGACCAAAGGCCACAUUAAAAAGCGUUUGGGAACUUUUUCAUUCUCACCUUACAAAACUCACAUUACAAACCACAAAUCGGUUGGGGUUUUUGUGAGUGAGUCAGUGAGUGAGUGUUUUUAAAUGGCUUCUCUGAAUAUCACUCUUAAUUUCCUGUUAACACUGUGUUUGCAUGCAUGCGUGUAUAUAUACACCCCCCCCACACACACACACACACUUCACUGCUUAAUUUCUGGUGAUAAACUCUCUUAUCCAAAGACUUCACACUUUUCGCAGAGGCAAAAUGUCUGCAAUUUUCAUUUGUCUAAGGAUAUGAGAUUUAUAUUCACAACCACCCUCCCAGCAGCAAGUCAAUUACAUAUUCACACAGAGGCAGGCACACUUAAAACUCAGCAUACAUGCAAAUAAUUUCAAGAAGCUAUGAUUAUUUUUUGUAGAAGAGAUCUCAGCAGACAAUCAGCAGCCAUUAAGUAUUUUAUAGGCUUAGCAAUUUGUGCUCAGUGGAUCCACAAUCCAGAUUCAAGCAUGAGCAUGACUUUUCCUUGAACAUCUUUUUCAUGAGCAUAUAUAUGUUGCACCAGUGCUGUGUAACCUUCAGGUACUGCUUGCUGCUUGGUGCGUACCAGAGGUUGUACUUACAGUUCAAAGUGAGGUUCUGUGAAGUUCAUGACUAUACUGGUUGACACCUCCUCAUGCAGAUCUGAACCUUGUGUGUAUUCGGGAUAGUAGCUGAUCUCAGUGACAAGUCUCUUUUGUUUUUAACAGCUAGCCCCACACAAUUAGCACAGCAAAGACUGAACUUUAGUCUACCUUAUCAUCUACCCUCUAGAGAACUGUUACUGAAUUCCAGACAGUUAAUUGCACAAACAGGUUUGCCUGCAGAACCAACAGAACUGGCAAAUGUGUACAAAUGAAAUUCACCAAGAAACCAAGGUUGAGUUUCCACAGCUGAAAUAUUUUUGAUAUAUUUAACUUGAAAAUAUAAAAAUAAAAUAUAAAUAUGAAAAAAAACCAGAAACUGAAGGUGCAGUCUUACGUAAUAACACUUCAGAGUAGAACCUCACUUUAAAAACACUCCUUGCAGAGCACUGAAAGUCAUCCCUGCCAACAAAUGACAGCUUUUUACAAUUGCUCAUGUAAGUUAAGAGUGCUGCAAGCAUUCCAUCAUUUCCCUUACAACUGUUUAUUUUGUAUGUGUUUAGCAUAUUUUAAUUAAUAGCAGUUUGCAUUAGAUAAAAAAGAUAAUUUUUAAAUGUGUAUUUUAAUAAUGAUUAUUCAUGACUAUUUAUCAUGCCCAACUAUUAAUUACCAAAUAUAUUUGCUGGAUGUAAGCCUUUUGUAUUUCAAUAAAAUAUAAUAAAACCAUUUACUUGAAAAUUU